CGAGGCUCCGCGGUGCUGAAAGGACAGCUCCUCCGCUCUCUAACAUCAGCAGAUAUGUUCACCAGGAUGUUAAAACUGAGGCUUCUCAAUGCUGUAGCGCCUGCCUACUUCUUCAUGGCUACAGCAGUCACCUUCAUCUUCCACUUCUGCUUCUUCAUCCCAACAAUCUUCCCAAAUCCGGAUACAUCCCUGAGUCUGCCUACAACUCUUCACACACUUGUUUUCCUUUUCUUGAUGUUCAAUGCACUGGGAAACUACAUAAUGACUAUUAAAUAUCCUGCUGAAAGCGCCAACGACGCUGUGGUCCCGGUGUGUUCGGCGCACUGCUCAGACAAAGUGGACGCACAUUACCUCCUGAACGGUCGCCACUUCUGCAAACUGUGUAAGAAAGUCAUCCUGAAGAGGGACCACCACUGCUUUUUUACUGGAAACUGCAUUGGCAACAAAAACAUGCGCUACUUCAUCAUGUUCUGCAUCUACACAUCAUGCACUUGUUUGUACUCGUUGGUUCUUGGUGUGGCCUUUCUAACAGUGGAGUACUCCAUCUCCUUUGAGAACCCGCUGACCUUCCUAACUCUGCUCCCCCUCUCCACUGGUUACUUCUUCACAGGAACAAUCUCAGGCUUGCAGUUGUUCCUGGUGCUGAUGCUCUAUGUGUGGCUGGGCAUCGGCCUGGUCUGUGCAGGCUUCUGCUGCCAGCAGGUGCUGCUGGUGGCCCGGGGACAGACCUGGUGUCAGAUGCAGAGGGGGCAGCUCGUGGAGAACCGCAGCCCUUGGAGAAGCAACCUUAAGGAUGUGUUUGGUACCCGCUGGAUCCUUGGCUUUAUUCUGCCUGUGCAGACUGCGGAGACAUGCUCUGAAGACACAGAUGCACAAAAGCAAGACUGA